AUGGAGGCUCCAGUGGAGAAACCCCAACAGCAUCAGGUCGCAUGCUUUAGUUGUCGCGCUUCUAGACAAAAAUGCGACCGGCAAGAACCCUGCAAGCCCGACAGUGUAGAAAAACUCCUUUCACGCAUCGAGGAAAGCGGUGCCAAAGACGAAAUUAUCGCUGCUCUCCUUGGAACAGGUCUUCCAAGCCCAAACAGGACUGUCUCCGUCAGAGGAACGCCGUGGACGCAAGCACAGUCUUCUACUGACAGUCGCGCGACAUCCCAGCCCGCUCACCCUGAUUCACCGACUGAGGAUGACGAAUACAACCACCCCGAAGAUCUGAUCUCACCUCUUAGCAUCGUUACGACUGCUAUCGCGACAAAUACGUCUAUUCAGUGCGAGAGACUGCGAUCUCAGAUGCCGAUGCAGCCUGGUGUGAGGGAGGCCAUCAUGGCACCUAUAAAAGAACGGCUCGGUGCUUAUUUCUCAUCACACAGAGCGCAGCAAAAGGACUGGGAUGUUUUGGCCGCUCAGGCAGUUGACUGUCCUUUCAAGCUGGAAAAGGGUACUUGUGAUCCGCUUGCUUCUCGAUUGAUCGAUGACAGCGAUGCAACUGUAUACUUUCAACUUUUCUUCUCAACUCGCAAUCCAUUAGUAGGCCUUCUUGACGCCACACUACAUACAGUCGACUAUGUCUACGCGAGUUCAUUCACUCUAUUCUCUGUCAUUUGCGCUCUCGGAUGCGCCAUGUCAGCUCGCCCUCGAGAUAGAGCCAUCUACCCUGUUCUGAUGAACCUGGCCAGUGGAAACGUCAAGUGGUCCAUCGCCGCUGCGGUAAAGUCUCUUGCAACUAUACAAGCCAUCGUCAACAUGCAGUACUGGACACCCGUAUCUCCAACACAAGUAGACGACACUUCAUCUAUAUCCCUUAGUUAUGCAAUGCAACUAGCCAGAGAAAUGGGAAUCAGCAGAUCAGAAGUCAUAAGAGAAUACGUCAAUGCGGAAUGCGAGAGUUCACCAUCUGAAAACAAAGGACGAUGUAUCCGCAACUUUGAAAGAACAUGGCUUCGAACUCUAAUUGCAGACAAAGGAUUCGGUAUCAUGAAUGGCAAGUUACAUUCUGUCAACUGGAAAGAGAUUCCCAGUUCUGCAGCACAGUGGUGGAAGGCUCCGUUGGCUGAACCGACGGAUCGUAUGCUGAGUGGUAUCAUUGAAAUUAGAAGGCUACUACUGAGUCAAGUAGACAAACGAAAACAAGCAAACUCGACCACGUCCUCCAUAGUGGAAUGGCACAAAGAAUCAUACGACGCUUUAACACAACUGCGCAACGAACGUUGUAUAAAAGAUGACUCACCAUCUGCCCAGUUACUCCCUGUCCUGGCAUUUUAUAUGGACCACAGUAUUCUAGUCCUCAACGCCCAAGCCCUUCGAGAUUUGGCUGCAGCAGAGGAUAACACCUCUCCUUCGUCAUCAGAAGCUCUUCUAGAUAUCGAGAGAAAAUCGAUCGAGGUGGCAAGUCGUGUGCUGGACCUGUUGAGUUUGGAUAAAACAAUUAUUGAACUUGCUCUUGGAUUCCAGAAUAACCAGUAUCUCAUGAUUUGCCACGUCAUGACCGAGGUUCUACGCGCUAUCAAAAGAGGCGCUCUCACGCCCGAAGAAAACUCUGCUGCCGCAGGAAAAGUCAUCGGUGUGAUUCCUUUGCUCGAUCAGAUCGUGCAACUCCUCCCCGCAACGUCAGCAGCUCAUCUCUACUUUGAUCUCGCCCGCUUCUUCGCGUGUCAGAUUGACUCGUUGAUGGGAGCGCCGGAUUUACAGGAGAUGCGCGAGACUAUUGAUACAGGAAUGUUUACAGAUGAUUGGUUCAAGGCUAUGGAUACAGGAAUGCCGGAUGUUUAUACGCUUUUGGACAUGGGAUAUCUUGGGAUGGAUCAGCCGAUGAUGGAUACUGACGACUUUAUGGCGUUGAAUGAUUUUAACAGUAUUACUUAG